AAUAAUAAUAAUAAUAAUAAUAAUAAUCUCAGUUUAGCAUCAAGUAUUUCAUUUCCUGUAAAUCUGUCUAAAGUACAACUCUUCCCUUUUCUUUCUAUCGAUGCUGCAUCAACACCAGAAGUGAGUGAAACAGGAAGCGUCUCCGAGUCCAGUGUGAGACAGGCCAUCAUGGAGGACGCAGCUCUGUGCAUCAGACUGUCAGUCGCUGCUCUGAUCCUGAUGGCACCGGUCGAUCGCUGCGCUGCACAGGAAGCAGCUUUUCCUCGUAUCAGCCCAGACAGACUUCAGUUCUACGAGUAUGAAGUCUUCACAGUGAACUGUGAGCGUGAUGCUGUCGCUAAGUGGAUCGUGAAGACGGAUCACGCUGCUUCAGCAGGUUCUUCACCCUGUGACGCAGCAGCUCCAUCCUGCUCCAUCGACCCUGCUCUCAACAAACACACUGGAGGAUAUUGGUGUGAAAACGAGGAGGGACAGAGAAGCGGCGCCGUGGGCAUCGCUGUCACCGCUGGGUCUGUGAUCCUGGAAAUGUCUGCUCACCCUGUGCUUCAGGGACACGACGUGACCCUUCACUGUCGCAACAAGAAAACUGGGUCACAACAAACCGUUGAUUUCUACAGAAAUGAGUCGCGUCUGGAAACGACCUACAACAAGAACACGCUGAGCAUCAGCAGCGUUUCCACGUCUGAGGAGGGAUUCUACAGCUGCAGCAUCUCAGGAGCUGGAGCCUCUCCACAGAGCUGGCUGGCUGUGGUGAAUCAGUCUAAAGCUGAUGUGGAGCCUCGUCCUUCUCAUCCUCCACCUCUUCAUCUGCUGCGGCUGCUGUGUGUCGUUGCUGUUUUACUGGUGGAUCUGCUGCUGCUGGUGAUGGGAGUCCUGGUUGGUAGGAAGCACAGAGGUACAGUAGCAUCUAGUACCAAGCUGCGUUUGCCAGAGACUGAGGUCUGUACUCAAUAA